AUGUCUUCAUUUGAAAUAAACCCUAGUAAAUGGCUAUUCACUUGGGAAGCUCAAUCUCAUAUCUCAACUCUUCGAUUAAUACUUUUCAAUCCCAAAUUCAAACCUUCUUCUCAAUGUACAAACAUAAAAGUCAACUUAAUUAUUGAACAAUCUUUGCUAGCUGUCAGUUUUAAUGAGACUUCGGUUCGGGUCCCGGUUCCUCGGGUUUUAAUUGACCCGGAAGAACCGGUUCACUUUAGAGCAUUUGAUGAUCAUAUUGAAGUUAAACUUUCACUUCUUCUUCCUGUUAAUCAUCCGUUAGUUGCGGGUUUGGAUUUAUCCGACCCGGAUGAUAAACCCGGUUCAGAUACAUGCUUUCCCUUCUCAGUGAAUAAUGAAAUAAAGAAAUUAUCUGCUAUGGAGGAAGUUCAUUUUUACUGCAGAAAUUGCUCGACUAAGUUAACCAAGGGUAUCAGAUUAUUUAAUGAGAUGCCAUCAGUCGACUGGCAAGAUGUUGCAGAUAAUUGGUUUGGGACAUGUUGUUGCUCGUUUGGUGGUAUUAGUGAAAAGCUGGUCAGGCAAUUUGCAAAGUCAUAUUCAUGUACAACUGGUGUUUGCCUUAUAACUGGUGCAUCUGUUAUUGUAUGCAAAGAGGACCUCAUCGGAUGUGAAUUUCCUGAGCCGAAAGGGGACCAAACUUAUGAUUCUGAGGUGAACUCAGCCAAGAUGGCAGAAAAUAUUGGGGUGAAACCAAGCAAUGGAGUUGUUGAAAACGUGAUAAAUGGUGAUAGUUCAACAUGCAUACCUUUAAAAUUGAAGGAUGAAGACAAAAUGAAGUCAUUGGCGGGAGUUUCUUCCGAGGCAAACGGUCACAUUAGUAACCACAGUAAUGGCUGUUGUACUAAUAAUCAUGGUGAAAGAUUUUCAAAGGAGAAAGAACAUGAAAUGAAUAAUGAACUCUUAGAUAAGCAGAAAAUAUUUCUUAAAGGCUGCCUUGGGGAUGCUUUUAUGUUGAGACAUUCCAAUCUUUCCAAAGAUGUCAAGUGGAUUGAAUUUCCCUGUCCUAAAUGUUCAUCUCUUAUUGGAUCAUAUCCUUCCUCCACUGAUAAUGCACCAUUGGAUGAUGGAGUUCGGCUAUACAAAUAUAAGAUAUCUACCUGUUUGCCUGUCCAUGGAUUGAAUGAUACAUUUAGGGACUAUACUUUGGAAAGGAUGUUUUCACGUCAAUUGCUUGAAGCUGCACAAGAUGAACUAUCAUUUCGGACUGUUGUCAGAGAUAUACACACCAAAAGUGCACUGUCACAAAUUGUUCUCCUAAACCCAAACGCAUGGUGCUAUAGUGGAUGCUGCAGGCAUGACAUGGAACCAGUUGCCAAGAUUAAUAUGUACCCCAUUGUCAAGCUAUUGUUCUCUGCAAACAUCAAGGGCAUGGAACUUGAACACAGGAAAGUAGAAGAAUGGGUGACCGAAAAUCAAGCAGAUGAAGUGUACAUGUUGCCAUCUCAAGUGACGGAACUAAUUACAAAUUUGGAGAUAGCAAAUAAUAUGUUGCCACCGUCACAUAUGCUGUUGCAGGGUUUCUAUAUGUCAUCCUUGAAGAGAUAGAGGGUAAGGCGUGGCAAUCUCACUCAAAUGAUCCUUGUGUUCAUUUACUUGAAAUUAUCUAGAAGGAGCAACAGUCUUCGUAUGUACAGUUCUAAUGUGGUUACAAGCAUUGGCUUAAAAUGCUGAUAUCACUAGUUGAGCAUGUUAACAUCUUAGCCUUACGCGUUAGCUGUAAUUUUUGACAAUCACACCAAAUUGUACCAAUUUGUGUAUUGGGGUUAAAGAAUUAAUUGAAACCUUUUGGUUUAUAUGAAGUAAUAAUUUGCAUUUUUUAAAACUAUA